AUGGUGGUCCCCAAUGGCAAUGAAUCCAGUGCCACAUAUUUCAUUCUAAUAGGCCUCCCAGGCUUGGAAGAAGCUCAGUUCUGGUUGGCCUUCCCGUUGUGCUCCCUCUACCUUAUUGCUGUGCUAGGUAACUUGACGAUCAUCUACAUUGUGCGGACCGAGCACAGCCUACAUGAACCCAUGUAUAUAUUUCUGUCUAUGCUUUCUGGCCUUGACAUCCUCAUCUCCACCUCAUCUAUGCCCAAAAUGAUGGCCAUCUUCUGGUUCAAUUCCACUACCAUCCAGUUUGAUGCUUGUAUGCUGCAGAUGUUUGCCAUCCACUCCUUAUCUGGCAUGGAGUCCACGGUACUGCUGGCCAUGGCCUUUGACCGCUAUGUUGCCAUCUGCCACCCACUACGCCAUGCCACUGUGCUAACAUUGCCUCGUGUUACCAAGAUUGGCAUGGCUGCUGUGGUACGGGGUGCUGCACUUAUGGCACCCCUUCCUGUCUUCAUCAAACAGCUGCCUUUCUGCCAUUCCAAUAUCCUUUCCCAUUCCUACUGCCUACACCAAGAUGUCAUGAAGCUGGCUUGUGCUGACAUCCAUGUCAAUAUCAUCUAUGGCCUCAUUGUCAUCAUCUCUGCCAUUGGCCUGGACUCACUUCUCAUCUCCUUGUCAUAUCUGCUUAUCCUCAAGACUGUGUUGGGCUUGACACGUGAAGCCCAGGCAAAGGCAUUUGGCACUUGUGUCUCUCAUGUGUGUGCUGUUUUCAUAUUCUAUGUACCAUUCAUUGGAUUGUCUAUGGUGCACCGCUAUGGCGAGCAGCAUGACUCCCUCCUGCUCGUCAUGAUGGGCAACACUUACCUGCUUGUUCCUCCUGUGCUCAACCCUAUCGUCUAUGGAGUGAAGACAAAGGAGAUCCGGCAGCGUAUCAUACGUCUUUUCCAUGUGACCACACACACUUCAGAUCCCUAG